AUGGCGAAAAAGACAGAACUCCGGGACUUGAACAAACCAUACACCGAGCCCGACCCAGAUGCUCCCUCGAGUUACCAGCGUGAGAUCUAUUCGUCCCUCCGCGCCCCGAUAUUCUCCACCAAACCAGCAGAAUGGGAAAACCUGGCACGCACAAAGGUCCCUGCUGCAAACUUCGGCUACGUACAUGGGUCAGCCAGCACGGCGACGACCAAUGCAGCCAAUCUAUCUGCUUUCGACCGAUACCGCCUGAGGCCAUCCAUGUUGGUCAACGCGACACGCCGAGACCUGAGUGUUGACCUGUUUGGAACCAAGUAUCCCAGUCCGUUGCUGAUUGCCCCGGUUGGCGUGCAGAAGAUCAUGCACAAGGACGCCGAGGACGCAACGGCUCGGGCAGCCAAUAAGGUGAAAGUCCCUUACAUUCUGUCGUCCGCUGCGACCCGGACCAUCGAGGAGGUCGCACAGUCCAACGGCGACGGUGAGCGCUGGUACCAGCUGUACUGGCCGCGCCCCCAGUGGGAGGAAGUAACGGCCAGUCUGCUCAAUCGAGCCAAGUCGAACGGAUAUAAAGUGCUAGUCGUGACACUCGACACAUUCAACCUGGCAUGGCGACCCACGGAUCUCGACACAAGCUAUCUCCCUUUCAUUUGGGGCGACGGAUGUCAGAUCGGCCACUCCGACCCGGUCUUCAAUGCUCGGUACGAGCAAGAGAUGAAGAACGACAUGAGAACGACAGGCGAGAAAUUGCGCGAGUUGUACAACCUCCUCCGUCGACCCGGCUCCAUAUAUGGCGCAACAAAAGUCCUAGCGAAUGUCGCAAAGCUACAGAAGUCGAGGGUCUUGUUAGACGUAUUGAACAGCGGAACCUACCGUGAAUGGCAACACCUUGAAACCCUCAAGAAGCUAUGGGACGGCCCGAUCGUGCUGAAAGGCAUUCAGACGGUCGAGGACGCGCACCGCGCAAUCGACAACGGCAUUGACGGCAUCAUCAUCUCGAACCACGGCGGCCGCCAGUGCGACGGAGCGAUCGCGUCUCUCGACGCACUCGCCGAAAUCGCCGCUGACGAGAGAGUCCAGAAGUCCAAGAUCACCCUGCUCUUCGACAGCGGCAUUCGCUGUGGAAGUGAUGUUCUGAAGGCGCUGGCAUUGGGUGCCCAAGCCGUGCUCAUUGGCAGACCUUACAUGUAUGGAUUGGCCAUCGCGGGCCAGGCUGGUGUCGAGCACGUACUCAGGUGUUUGUUGGCGGACACGGAUAAUAUGCUGGGAAAUAUGGGGAAGAAGAGCAUCAAGGAUCUGAGUCGGCAUGAUCUGCAGAUUAGGUCGAGUUCUAAGCUGUGA